AUGGUAAAGAAUUGUCCGCUGGCCUGGAUGAAAAGAAUACGAGGAGCCAAGCGUGCUGUGCUUCGAAGACUAAGACUCGUCCCUAAAACUUCGUACCAGGGCAUCCAGGCUCACUGGCUAUCGUCUUCGGAGGGAAGAAGGGAGUCUUCGUUCAUGCUGGGCUGCUUGCUGGGAAGCCCUUGCGCCCGUAAGCUCAUGGAAGAGGACCACGCUAGCUUCUCUCCGUCUUGGAGAGGUGACACUUCACCUCAGCCCUGCUUCGCUGGUGCUCUGUAUGGCUCCAUCCACACGCGGGUGGUAAAUGGUGACAUCUCCGACUGCAGAGCAAAGGAUGAGGCGUCGUCCUCGUCCUCCUCGUCGUUGUUGAUGUUGCUUGCCGUUGUGGCUGUCGUUGUCGUUCGAACAAGCAACAAAAGCGGACAUUUUUACUCAGCGGCGUCCCGUGAUCUACAGGAAGUUGACAAGAACGUCGACCAGCAUUUCAAGAUAUAA